AUGAAGAAAUCAGAUAAAGAGCUCAAGAAUUAUGAGAUGAGGAUCAGCAACACUGUCAGUGGCAUAGAUGAAUCUGUCAGAGACAGAUUCAAAGCUCUUGCUCAUAUUUCCAAUAUGCUUGCUGAAAUAAGCAAGCAGUAUGAACUUGAAGCAAAGAAAAUUGAGUUUGAAGCUGAGCAAUCCAAUAAACCUCUCUAUACCCUCAGGUCAAUGAUAGUGCAAGGCAAAGAGAUAGAUGGGGCUGAGCAUAUGCUCCAGGAAUUCAACCAAAGAUUUGAAGAAUCAAAGAAUGAUGAUUUCGAUAGCAUUCAAGUCAAGGAAUUUAAAAAGGUAGACCAGUUAGCAGACAGUGCAGGUGUUCCCGGUUUUUGGCUCAACGCUAUGAAGCACAGUACUAUUGCCAGUUCUUUGAUUCUCAAAAAGGAUGAACCCUUGUUGAAAGAAUUAUAUGAUAUUGAGCUGAUCCCACAAGAGGGUAGCCCUGAUUUUAUUCUUAAAUUCCACUUCAACGCCAAUGAUUUCAUGACGAACACAGUUUUGACUAAGAGAUACAUCAUGGAAGAUGAUGAUAAGGUGAAACAAGUAGAUUCUACUAAGAUCAAGUGGAGAGAAGGAAUGAGCCUGACUGAGAAGCCAAAAUCAAAGAAGAAAGGCAAAAAGAAUAAGUAUGACGAAGAUGGAGUCGAGUCUUUCUUCAAGUUCUUUGACUCCAAGGAACCAUGAGUCGGCAACCCAGACCAAGAUGACCUUGAUUCUGACGACGAGAUGAAGCUUGACCGUCUUGAGGAGGAUUUUGAUAUUGCUGUUGAGAUCAAAUCUGAGCUUAUUCCAAAUGCUCUGGAAUACUACCUCAAUAUUGUUGAAGAUGAACCUGUAGAGAGUGAGGAAGGCGAAGACCAAGACCAAGAACAGGAUGAAAACGAAGAUGAUAAUGCCUCUGAAGAUGACUAA